AUGAAGUAUGAUUUUUAUUUAGAGUUGGGAUCUAAUGCUAAAAAAAUAAAAAUUGGAUAUAAUGAACCUGUUAAUACAAUAAUUACAAUAUUUAUGAAAGCUGCUACUAUGUUAAUGAGCAAGAUAUUUAGUUUUGAUUUUCCUUUUAAUAUUGUUCUAAUAAUAAUUUAUAAUAUUUGUUUAAUCUAUAUAGCUUCAAAUUAUGAUGAUAAUGAUUUAAGUAAAAGUAAUAAUACAGCAAAUCCAUCAACACUUUUGAAAAGAAUAAAAGUGUUUGAAAUUACAUAUAAAUACGUUUAUUAUGUUACUAUAAAUUAUUGUGAGCAAUUUUAUUUAUAUGGAAUUAUAUAA